AUGAUGCUGGGCGAGGCGGCGGCCCUGGCGGCCCUGGGCGAGGAGCCUCCCCCGGCGGCGGCCUCGGCGCUGCGGAGCGAGCUGGGCUCGCACCUGCACCUGCUGAAGGGGCUGAACGUGCGCUUCCGCUGCUUCCUGGCCAAGGUGCACGAGCUGGAGCGCCGCAACCGCCUGCUGGAGAAGCAGCUGCAGGCCGCGCAGCUGGGCGAGCGCGAGCGCCGCCUCCGCUACCGCCGCUUCCCCCGGCACCAGGCCGUGCAGACCGACCCCGAGCCGCCCCUCGGCCCGGCCGCCGCCGCCCCUUCCCCGGCCGCCGCUUCCGCCGCCGCCGCCUCCUCGCCCUACGGCCGCCUGCCCGGCACCAUCUGGAGCUACCGGCAGGUGCGGCGGACGGGCGGCGGCGGGCUGGAGACCCUGCAGGGCCCCGGCGUGUCGUGGGUGCACCCGGACGGCGUGGGCGUCCAGAUCGACACCAUCACGCCCGAGAUCCGCGCCCUCUACAACGUCCUGGCCAAAGUCAAGCGCGAGAGGGACGACUACAAGGGCAGGGGCUCUUCCCACCAGAGGACCCCUCCCUCCAUGAAGGUCAGCCACCCCUCGGCCAAGG